CGUCCUUUCACCCCACCCGAAGGCAUUUGGUGCUAUCAUUUCGAGGCCGCAUCGACCCUCUCUCUCUCUACAAUUUCCCUCUCCUUUCUGCGGUCUCCUGUGGUUCUCUGUUCCCGAUCACCACCAUCUUUGAUCUUGCUAUUUAUCUGCUGCAUUCUUCGCAUCAUAAAGAAAACCCUAAUUUUUCGACCAGGAACCAGCCUCCUUCCUUGCACCGUUCCCUAAACCCUAAUAGAAUCCACCUCCCCUGUUUCCAUCUGCGACUCGCCGCUUUUCUUUGUUAAUUCUAUCGAUUAUUUGCGUCUAUCCAGGUUCUGGAUUGCAACUGAUAUGAAUCUACAACAAUCCAUAAACUCCAAGCCUUCUGCUAAUGGUUUUGGACGUCGUAGAGGCGAUAGGGAUGUAGGAACUAAGUUUGAGAAUAAAUUUCAGCCUGGAAAGUCAAACCCCAACAGAUUAACUAAUACAAGAGCACUGGCUGCUGGUAGCAAAGACGAAACUUUUGGGAGUUCAUCACAUGAUCGAUUAGUCUAUUUAACAGCAUGUUUUAUUGGACAACAUGUAGACGUCCAGGUUAAAAAUGGAUCUAUAUACAGUGGAAUAUUCCACUCGAGCAAUACUGAAAAAGAUUUUGGAAUUAUAUUAAAAAUGGCACGCUUGACAAAAGAUACUUCUUCACGGGGGCAGAAAACCAUUGGAGACUCGUUGAAUAAGGCUCCUUCCAAGACUUUAGUAAUACCAGCUAAAGAUCUCGUGCAAGUUAUAGCCAAGGACGUGACUGUUACAAAGGAUGGACUAUCAAAUGAAGUUGAUUAUGAAAAUCAGGAACUUUUGAUAGACAGCGUUAUUUCACAGUCUAGUCAACAUGAUGCAGAAAGAGAAUUGAAACCAUGGAUACCUGAUGAUGAUGAUCCUCAAUUUCCUGAGCUGGAUAACAUAUUUGAUGGUCCAUGGAAUAGGAGUUGGGAUCAGUUUGAAGUCAACGAAAAACUUUUUGGAGUUAGAAGCACUUUUGAUGAAGAACUCUAUACCACAAAGCUUGAGAGAGGCCCUCAAACAAGAGAGUUGGAAAAGGAAGCUUCAAGGAUAGCUAGAGAAAUAGAGGGGGAGGACACUGAAGAUCUUCAUUUAGCAGAGGAAAGAGGUAUUGAUCUCCAUGAUAAGUUUGAUAUUGAUGAGGAAACCAGGUUCUCUUCUGUAUUUCGUGGGAAGGUGGCUGAUGAUAGCGGAUUUGAUGAGAAUGAAGACAUAUCAUUCAAUUCACGUAACAUGGAAACCUUUGGGGGGUCUUCUAGCUCUGAUAUUAGGCUUGCAGACACAUUGUCUGGAAAAUGGAGUGAUGCAGCUUCUGUCUCAAGCUCUUCAUCCUUGGAUCAAGCACAACCCUCCCUGACAAAUAUGGGUGUAGAUCUAUCUAGAUCUACUCCUAUUAAUAAUCAUGCCAGACAACUCGCAUCUGAAAAUUCAUGCAAAAGUUGCCCAACUUUGGAAAUUGAAAGCAGGAUCCAGGACAAACAUCAUGGGGAGAAUGCUGCGGAAGAGUCUGUAGAAAAGGACAUGCAGGGAGUUAAUGAUUCUCAAUUAGCUAAAUGCGAUGAUUUGCAGCCACUAAAGAAAGAUGGAUCUGAUGGAGGGAUACUGCCUAAUGUUGCCUCACAUUCUCCAUCAAAGCAUAAUGAGAAGUCAAGUCCUCCCGAACUAUCUGAUGACCCAGAACCUGGCAAAUCUCGUGGAGAAGUUCAAAUGUUGAACAUUAGUGGCCGACCUGGUAGUUCCGUAUCAAUGAAUUCAGAUGGUGCUGCUGGUACAUCUAGUGGUCCUGUAUUAACUCCUAGCUCAUCAAUGGGAUCACUAUCUUCUGAAAAAUCAACCCUUAAUCCUCGUGCUAAGGAAUUCAAACUCAAUCCUAAUGCAAAGAGUUUCACCCCAUCUCAAGCACCUGUUAGGCCACCUUCACCAGCAUCUAUGUCUGAUGGUUCGUUCUACUACCAGGCCAACAUACCUGCAGUGCCCCAUAUGCAUGGGAUGCCUUAUGGUGUUGGAAUUGGGCCUUCAUUUCCAGGUCACCAGCCUGUUGUUUUCAAUCCAAUGGUUGCACCAAUGCAGUCACCACAUGGAUAUGUUCAGCCAAAUGGACCUCAAUAUGCACAACCCAUGCUUCUUAGCCACCCGAGGCAUGGCAUGUACAUGCCGGGUUACCAACCUGAAAUGCCAUACAAGGGGCGUGAGUAUUAAACAGUCCCGCUGAUGCUGCUCUGCAGUCUUACUACUGGAUUCUUAGCUUUUUGAACACAGUGCUUUCAUCAAACUUGCAGAGACAAAAACACACUGGGGGUGGGAGGGAGUCGCUUGGGAUGGGGAGGAGUUUAUGGCUUUCAGUUGAAUCACCUUUUCCCUCAUCCCAUGAAUUUGGUAGCUUUGAAAUUUCUCAAAAUAACCACCAAAAUCACAUCGCGUUGUUUCCCGAUCCUUUAUUUAUCAAUCAACAGUUGAAUGUUUGGGGGUUUGGUUUGUUUGUUUGGUCUGCUUUCGGCAUUUUGUACUAUAUACUUGUAUGCCCUCUAUGCAACAUCACAGGCUCUUUAUGUAAAACUUUAUAAUAAUUGAAAUAUCUUAAUCCUGAUUUUUAGGUGUGCA